AAAUGAAAAGACCAGUGAUAAAAGUGGAGGUGGAGAUGGAGACUGCAGGAAAAAUGCUGAAGGAUUUUCACAGAGAAGAAAACGGAUAUCCACUAUGCCUAACCUUAUAAAACCAAAAAUUGUACCUCCACCUCCCCCCACUGUUGAUUCGUCAUCAAAAUGCUCUCAAAAACAAGGACCCCAUUCUCCUGCUUUUAGUAACUCUAAAGAAACAUCUUUAUCUGAAAAGAUCGAUGUGGAAAAUUCUCCCAAGUCUUCCAUAUUGCCUGAAAAGAAAACUUCUGCUCCUCAAGUGCCACAGUUCUCUCCAUUUAAAAAAUCUGUUAGUAAAGAAUCCAGUCUGUGUAUGCCCCCUCAAAGAAGUGAUGAAGUCCUUCCGAAGAACAUAAGCUCGCCUCUCAAAGAAAGACCCACCCAGGAAACAUUGAUAGAAGAGGAAACAACACAAACAAAAUCUGCUUCAGCAGAUAAGAAAAAGAUUUGUUCAGAUCGUGUGAAAAUUAUCAAAAGUCAGAAGCUAAGGAAGAUGCUUAAAGAAGAAUUGAAUAAAGAGAAAAAACAACGGAAAUUUAAAUAUCCUAUAAUCGAAAAAAAUAUGCCGGAAGAUCGCUCCAAAAUGACUAUGAGAGAUUUUAUUUAUUAUUUGCCUGAAAACAAUCCUAUGAAGUCUUCAUUCAUUGAAGAGAAGAAAACAGAAAAGACCUCUACAAUGACCCAAGCAAAAGAGCCUGAAGAAAGAAUAGUUGCUGAUCAUGAAGAUGAAAAUGAAGAUGAUGAUGAUGAAGAACAGGGAGGAGGAGCAGGAGGAGAAGGAGGAGGAGGGGAAGAUGAUGGCUCUCUUUUAGUCCCUCGAGUGAAAGUUGCAGAAGAUGGCUCAAUUAUUCUGGAUGAAGAAAGUUUAACUGUAGAGGUUUUAAGGACAAAAGGACAGUGUGUAGUGGAAGAAAAUGAUCCCAUCUUUGAGCGUGGUUCCACAACAACAUAUUCAAGUUUCAGGAAAAGCUAUUAUACCAGACCAUGGUCAGAAAAAGAAACAGACAUGUUUUUCUUAGCCAUAAGUAUGGUAGGAACUGACUUUUCAAUGAUUAGUCAGCUUUUUCCUCACAGAGCAAGAACAGAAAUCAAGAAUAAAUUUAAGCGGGAAGAAAAAGCCAAUGGAUGGAGAAUAGAUAAAGCAUUUAAAGAAAAAAGGCCUUUUGACUUCAGUUUUUUUACGAAACUCCUUGAGAAGGUCCUGGAAAAUGAGAGGAAGAAGAAAGAUAAAGAUGCUGCAAAUCAGCAACAAAAAGAAAAAAAUCCCAAUAAGAGAAAUACACCAAGAACUCAGAAAAAGCGAAAAGAUAAAGUUGUAAAUGGACAGUCCAACCAUGGUCCAGAUGAACAUCAGGAUGGUAGAAGUUCUGACAUGGAAAUAGAAGUAGAUGCCGAAACAGCGGAAAAGGAGAAUGAAGAAUCUCCUAGCAUUUUGGAACAGGCAAAAGAGCAAACAGUUAUUGAAUCAGCAGUAACCAAAAAGAAAAGGAAAAGAAAGAAAAAAGAUUCUGAACAGGAGACAGACAAUCUUCUUGAAGAAAGAAAUAUUCCAACAGAAAUGAUGGAAGAAAAAACGACUAGAAAGAAAAGAAAAAAUAUAUUGGCUAAUGAUGAGAUAAGUGGCAUUCGGGAAGAUGGUGAUGAACUGGAAGUCCCAAACAGAACCAUCCCAGAUGAAACUCUUAUCAUGGAUAAAGAAGAACCACCAAGCUGUAUCAGGUUAAAUGAAGAAGCAGGAAAAGACCAUAGUAAACCAGGACAAGAGGAUGUUUCAUCAGUUACUUCUGAGCACCAUGUUGAGCAACAUUCGGUGUCUCAAAUGACUCCAAAAGAAAAUAUAGAAGAUUUUGAGAGGUCCACUGAAGCCCAGAAUGAAGAAGCUAUAAGAGAUAAUCUGGAUAAAAAUCAGAAUGUGGCAUCACAAAAACCUUGUGAAGAAAUCAUGGAAACAGAUAGGACAAUUCCUGAAAAGCCCACACAGGAGGUACAGCUGCAGAACUUUGAAUCAGACUUAAGAGGAGCAUCUGAAAAAAUAGAACCUGUAGCAUCUAACCCAUUAAUUGAUAAAGUUUCUUCUGAGUCACUUGUAGAAAAUAAAGCUGCUUCCAUUUCUGGAUCUGCUACAGAAGAAACAUGCAAUGCAAGCAGUGAUGUCAUAAGAGUAACAGAAGAGAGUCCAAAAGCUUUUGCAGGAAAGAUGGAAGUGAGAAGUCGAUGGAUGAGACCUAAACCUAAUAUCGGUAAAGUGUCUGGCAGAAAAGAUACAUCUGCUCAAGGCGAGCUCAAGAAGUCUGGAUCUAAUAGUGCAGGCGAGAAGGAAAUUGAGCAGAAUGAUGCACCCCACAUCAUCACAGCUGAGGUUACUGAAACACAUUGCCAGGGCUUGGAUGCAGAAUCUGCGAAUAAGAACCAAUCCACCUCACAAGAAAGCAAGCAAACUGUUCUCAAACCUGCACCAUUAGCAAGGGGACGAUUUCAGAGACCAAAACCAAAUUUAGGAAGAAUUACUAGAAGGCAAGAACUACCUGAAAGAAGCACUGAGGCAGAAAAAAAACCAAGCGAAGCAGGGACUGAAUUAGCAAGUGAAGCAAUAAUCACUGAAAAGACUGUGAUACAUACUGAAUAUAAUGAAUGUCAACUUCUAAAUAAGAAUACCACUGAUGCAACAGCUCAUGAAGCUGACACACCGCAGUGUGAGACAUUAGAAAAAAGAAUGGUUGUCAGCAAUGAGAAAGUAGAUGAAGCACAUUCAAACCAAUCUCCUGCGAAGAACCCUAUAGAGUCUGAAAGUUAUACACUACAAAGUGUCUCUUUGUCACUUGAUAUUACAAAGGAUGUGGGAAAUCCUGCCAGCAGCGAUUUCAGUCUUCAGGAAGAAAAAAAAGAUAAUACUGUUGAAAUAGAACAUUCAUUGGAGAGUUCGCAAUCAAGAUGUAAGAAGAACUUAGAAAAUGCAUCAAAGAAAGAGGAAUUGUUAAACACACUACAACCCCAAUUGGAUAUUGCAGAAAAGAGUGAAUGUAGUGAGACAGCUAAUCUAAGUGAAGCAGUAACAUCUAAAGCCUUAUCAACUUCAGAGGAAUGUACUACCAAUGCUGAAGAGGAGGUUGCAACAAAUGAAACUCAUUUGUCUCUCCAGAAUCUUCCAGGACUUAAGAAUGAUGCAUCAAAUGAGAUUUCACUGGAACCUGAUACCCAGAAAAAAGAAUUAGUUGGCAAACAGAAGUCACUGGAAGAAAGCAAGCAGAGUGAUACUCGAUCCUCACCAUUUCUCAGAGGCAGGUUCCAGAGACCUAAACCUAACUUAGGAGGAACAAUUGGAAGGAAAGAAAAGAGAUCCCUGGAAGGAAAUGGAUUAACAACCAUUGGAAAUCUGGAACUACAAACAUCUGAACCUACCAAAACGCCAUCAACGACUCAGAUCAACGCUAAAGUAUUAUCUGAUGAAAAUUUGGAGAUUAGACUAGAAAACUCCGAGAAAGUAAUUCAGAAAGACUCUUCAGUGCCUAGUACUUGUCAGAAUAGUUCCAAUCUACGUCUCAGAGAGAAAUCCAAUUUCCAAGGGAAUAAGUCAUCUACAAUCAAGCCUGCUCAGUUGGUAAGAGGGCGAUUCCAGAGAGCCAAAUUUAAUGUUGGAAGGACCAAUUGCAAAAAGGAAGUACCUGUGUCAGAAGACAUUAGUGUUCCAAUUGUGGAAGAAGUAAAAGAGAUGGAGAUUAGCAAGAAAGAUGGUCUAUAUCUAAUUUCAGAGGAUGAAGUCAUUGUCCAGACAUCCCCAGGUAAUUUAGAUAGAAAAGAAGGAUCAGAAUCUAUUGAAAGCUCAUCAAAAACUUGGACUGAUCAGAAGAAACAUCCUUCUGAUAAAUCACUGGAAUGUGGUCUUCUGAAAAACCAAGAUGCCAUUAAAAGAAAACAUUUGGAUGCUUUUGAAAGUGAUACUUGUGACCCUCAAGAAAUACAUCAUUCAGAAAACAAAAAUACAGCCCAGCUCAUGAUAGAUCACCUGCAGAAGGAAAAGCCAAAUGUGGCACAAGUUCCUAAAAACGCAGAAUUCUCCUUAGAAAGAGAAAAUAGCAAAGAAGAUACAGGAAGAGAUGCAGAAUGUGAUACCUCGUAUGGCAGCAAAUUUGGAAAAACAGCUCAGUUAAUGGUAAGCAUAGUUUAA